AUGUGUAUAAGACAACACGUGGAGAUGGAUAGUCAAAAAAAAAUGUAUGGUUUUAUUAAUAUGGGAGCUGAAUAUGCAUACGACAACGACAAUAUACCACUUGCUAAAAAUGCUUUGGUAUUUCUCGCAGUUGGUAUCAAUGGGUAUUGGAAAAUGCUUAUAGCAUAUUUCUUAAUCGAUGGGUUGAAUGGUAAGGAACGUGCACAUUUAUUGAUGAAAGCUAUUGAUUUGUUAAAUGAAACUGGUGUGAAGGUUUGCUCUAUUACUUUCGAUGGUGCUCGGUAA